AUGAAGCCGGUCGCAUUCAUCGUUGAGCAAAUGUAUAGAAGGUACUGUGAAGUGAGAUUAUAUCUUCGUCAGAAGAUAUAUGCGCAGAAGUCGUUGAACGGCGGGCGAAGAGCCGAGCGUGAGGGCGGGGAUAGAGGUAGGGCACUCCGGAGCGCCGUCGCCCGCAGCGGGCGCGCCGGGGGUGCCUGCCCCGCCCCGUACCCGCCGCGGCCCUGCGCCCGGUGUCGGCGGCCGCGCGCCGGCGUGCUGCCGCACGCCAGGGGCCCCCCACCCCCGGCCCGCUGCGGCGCGCGGUCCCGCGCGGCCGGCCACGCCCAGCGGGCCCGGGCCCCGGCAACACACUCCCGCAACCGGCCCGGCGCUCCCGUCGUCCGCCGCCCAGGAGUCGGGCGGCCCACGCCCACACCCCGCGCGAUGGCGAGGCGCGCCUCCCCGGCGCGGGCCCGACGCCAGCGCGCCCUCCCCCGGCGCGUCACCGCCCGCGUCUGCCCAGCCAGGCCCCGCGACGCGCCGGCCGGCCUCGGGCCCCGCGGGCCGUCGCCCGGCCGUCCGGGCCGGCCCGCCCCGCACCGGCUGCCCCCGGGCGGCCGGCCGGUCGCGCGCGCCGGCCCACGGCUGCCCCGCCCCCGCGGCCGCACCGCGGCGGCCCCCGCGGCGCCCCCGCCGCGGGGCCGCCGGCCCGGCCGCCCCCGCUGGGCGCCCUGCCCGGCGGCCCGGCCCCGAGCCGCGCCCCACGACACGCGCCGCACACGCAGCAGAAAGGCCCGCACAGCCCAGGGUUCACGAAGGCACCAGCGGGAGGCGCAGCGAAGGUGA